UCUCGCCCGCCGCGCUCGCCCCUGCUCCCCGCCAGCAUCACUUGUCCCGCGGCCGCGCUCCGACAACAAAAGCGGAGGAUGCUGCAGCUGGGCAAGGUCAGGACCUUGCUCUGAAGCCGGGCGGCGGCGCGCACGCCUUUCCCCCGACUGAGGAGCUGUCUUUGGCGGCGGGUGCAUGUUCGCCAGGAAGCAGUCGGGCGCCGCGCCGUUCGGAGCUAUGCCUGUCCCAGACCAGCCUUCUUCAGCCUCAGAGAAGACCAGCUCCUUGAGCCCAGGCUUAAACACCUCCAAUGGGGACGGCUCUGAGACAGAGACCACCUCUGCCAUCCUCGCCUCCGUCAAAGAACAGGAAUUACAGUUUGAAAGGCUGACCCGAGAGCUGGAGGCUGAACGCCAGAUCGUGGCCAGCCAGCUGGAGCGAUGCAAGCUUGGCUCGGACACAGGCAGCAUGAGCAGCAUCAGUUCAGCAGGGGAGCAGUUUCAUUGGCAGACACAAGAUGGUCAAAAAGACAUCGAAGAUGAACUUACAACAGGCCUUGAGCUGGUGGACUCCUGUAUUCGCUCUCUGCAGGAGUCAGGAAUACUUGACCCGCAGGAUUACUCCACAAGUGAGAGGCCCAGCCUGCUCUCCCAGAGUGCACUUCAGCUCAAUUCCAAACCUGAAGGGUCUUUCCAGUAUCCGGCCAGCUACCAUAGCAACCAGACCCUGGCCCUGGGUGACACAGCCCCUUCUCAGCUCCCAGCACGCAGCACACAAGCCCGAGCUGCCGCCCAGAGCUUCAGUCAGGGCACGACCGGCCGCGCGGGGCACCUGACGGGGUCCGAGCCUGCCCCGCCGCCUCCGCCUCCGCGGGAGCCGUUCGCGCCCAGCCUGGGCAGCGCCUUCCACCUGCCCGACGCGCCGCCCGCCGCCGCCGCGCUCUACUACUCCAGCUCCACUCUGCCAGCGCCGCCGCGCGGGGGCUCCCCGCUGACCACCACGCAGGGCGGCUCGCCCACCAAGCUGCAGCGCGGAGGCUCGGCCCCCGAGGGUGCCGCCUACGCCGCGCCGCGAGGCUCCUCGCCCAAGCAGUCGCCCAGCCGCCUGGCCAAGUCCUACAGCACCAGCUCGCCCAUCAACAUCGUCGUGUCCUCGGCCGGCCUGUCCCCGAUCCGCGUGACCUCGCCCCCCACCGUGCAGUCCACCAUCUCCUCUUCGCCCAUCCACCAGCUGAGCUCCACCAUCGGCACCUACGCCACCCUGUCGCCCACCAAGCGCCUGGUCCACGCGUCCGAGCAGUACAGCAAGCAUUCGCAGGAACUGUAUGCCACGGCCACCCUCCAGAGGCCGGGCAGCCUGGCAGCUGGGUCCCGAGCCUCGUACAGCAGCCAGCAUGGGCACCUGGGCCCUGAGCUGCGGGCCCUGCAGUCCCCAGAGCACCACAUAGACCCCAUCUAUGAAGACCGUGUCUAUCAGAAGCCCCCUAUGAGGAGUCUCAGCCAGAGCCAGGGGGACCCUCUGCCGCCAGCACACACUGGCACCUUCCGCACGAGCACAGCCCCAUCUUCCCCCGGUGUCGACUCCGUCCCCUUGCAGCGCACAGGCAGCCAGCACGGGCCGCAGAAUGCCGCCGCCGCCGCAGCCACCUUCCAGAGGGCCAGCUACGCCGCUGGCCCAGCCUCCAACUACGCCGACCCUUACCGACAGCUGCAGUAUUGCCCCUCCGUUGACUCUCCGUACAGCAAAUCUGGCCCUGCCCUCCCACCCGAAGGCACCUUGGCCAGGUCCCCAUCCAUUGACAGCAUUCAGAAAGACCCCAGUUAUAUGGAAUCCCUGACAUUUCUAGAGGGCCCACACUGGGUGCCAGCUGUAACUAUUAUUGCUAACCAUCCCACCAGUACUCUAAGGGAGUUUGGAUGGAGAGACCCGGAGCUGCCUGAAGUGAUACAGAUGUUGCAGCAUCAGUUCCCUUCCGUCCAAUCCAAUGCAGCAGCUUACUUGCAACACCUCUGUUUCGGAGACAAUAAAAUUAAAGCAGAGAUAAGGAGACAAGGAGGCAUACAGCUCCUGGUGGACCUACUGGAUCACCGGAUGACAGAAGUCCACCGUAGUGCCUGUGGGGCUCUGAGGAACUUGGUGUAUGGGAAGGCCAAUGACGACAACAAAAUCGCCCUGAAAAACUGUGGUGGCAUCCCAGCACUGGUGAGACUGCUUCGCAAGACCACAGACCUGGAGAUCCGGGAGCUGGUCACAGGAGUCCUUUGGAACCUCUCAUCAUGUGAUGCACUCAAAAUGCCAAUCAUCCAGGAUGCCCUGGCAGUGUUGACCAACGCAGUGAUUAUCCCUCACUCGGGCUGGGAAAAUUCACCUCUUCAGGACGAUCGGAAAAUACAGCUGCAUUCAUCACAGGUGCUGCGCAAUGCCACUGGGUGCCUAAGGAAUGUAAGUUCAGCUGGUGAGGAGGCCCGCCGGAGGAUGCGGGAGUGUGACGGGCUCACGGAUGCCUUGCUGUAUGUGAUUCAGUCUGCGCUGGGGAGCAGUGAGAUCGAUAGCAAGACCGUUGAAAACUGUGUGUGCAUCUUGAGGAACCUCUCAUACCGGCUAGCAGCAGAAACGUCUCAGGGACAGCACAUGGGCACAGACGAGCUGGACGGACUGCUCUGUGGGGAGGCCAAUGGCAAGGAUGCAGAGAGUUCUGGGUGCUGGGGCAAGAAGAAGAAGAAAAAGAAAUCCCAGGAUCAGUGGGAUGGAGUAGGACCUCUUCCAGACUGUGCAGAACCACCAAAAGGGAUCCAGAUGCUGUGGCACCCAUCCAUAGUCAAACCCUACCUCACACUGCUCUCUGAGUGCUCAAACCCAGACACGCUGGAAGGGGCAGCAGGCGCCCUGCAGAACUUGGCUGCAGGGAGCUGGAAGGGCUGGGCUGAGGAUGUGGCAGGCAUGGCGUAUGCCCUACGUUCACUGCCAGAGGGGGCUCCCUGCCUGCCACAGUGGUCCGUAUAUAUCCGAGCCGCUGUCCGGAAAGAGAAAGGCCUGCCCAUCCUUGUGGAGCUCCUUCGAAUAGACAACGACCGUGUAGUGUGUGCAGUGGCCACGGCACUCCGGAACAUGGCCUUGGAUGUCAGAAAUAAGGAGCUCAUCGGCAAAUACGCCAUGCGAGACCUGGUCCACCGGCUUCCCGGAGGGAACAACAGUAACAAUGCAGGGAGCAAGGCCAUGUCAGACGACACCGUGACGGCCGUGUGCUGCACCCUGCACGAAGUGAUCACCAAGAACAUGGAGAACGCCAAGGCCUUACGGGAUGCCGGUGGCAUCGAGAAGUUGGUCGGCAUCUCCAAAAGCAAAGGAGAUAAGCACUCUCCAAAGGUGGUCAAGGCUGCAUCUCAGGUCCUCAACAGCAUGUGGCAGUAUCGAGAUCUGAGGAGUCUGUACAAAAAGGAUGGAUGGUCACAAUAUCACUUUGUAGCCUCAUCUUCAACCAUUGAGAGGGAUCGACAAAGGCCCUACUCCUCCUCCCGCACACCCUCCAUCUCUCCUGUGCGUGUGUCUCCCAACAACCGCUCAGCAAGUGCCCCAGCUUCACCUCGAGAAAUGAUCAGCCUCAAAGAAAGGAAAACGGACUAUGAGUCCACUGGCAACAAUGCCACUUACCAUGGAACUAAAGGAGAACACACUUCCAGAAAAGACGCCAUGACAGCUCAAAACACUGGAGUCUCAACUUUGUAUAGGAAUUCAUAUGGUGCGCCCGCCGAAGACAUCAAACACAACCAGGUUUCAGCACAGCCUGUCCCCCAGGAGCCCAGCAGGAAAGACUAUGAGACCUACCAGCCGUUUCAGAAUUCCACACGAAAUUAUGACGAGUCCUUCUUUGAGGACCAGGUCCAUCACCGCCCUCCAGCCGGCGAGUACACCAUGCACCUGGGCCUCAAGUCCACCGGCAACUAUGUCGACUUCUACUCCGCUGCCCGUCCUUACAGUGAACUGAACUAUGAAACGAGCCACUACCCGGCCUCGCCCGACUCCUGGGUGUGAGGAGCCAGGACACGAGGCAUUCCGGGAACAGUGCAUGUGCAUGCAUACCACGGGACAUUCUGUUUCUUUUCUUUUCUUUUUUUUUCUUUUUUUUUCCCCUGCAAAUUUAGUUUGUUAAAGCCUGUUCCAUAGGAAGGCUGUGAUAACCAGAAAGAAAUACUCAGAGCUAUUUUAGAAAGCUAAAUGAAUCGAGAGUUAACUGGGAAAUCGAUAGGACGCUAAACGCAAUCCUAAAAUGUGACCACAUUCAACACCUUUCUAGUUUGAAUUAUAGAGAUUUCAAAGUGCUUUAUGGGCCAUGUGGCUGAAAGAAGGAGAGAGGGGACGGUCGCGGUGGUGGGCGUGGAGGUUAUCGCUAAGCACAAGACAGAAUAGUUUACACACUAGGGGGGACGGCUUCUCACGCUUUGUUACUCUCUCAUCCAUGUGACUCUAGGCUUCAAGUUGCAUUGGGGUUUCUCUGUACAGCAAGAUGUCUCUUGCCUUUUGUUAAUGCAUUGUUGUAAAGUAUUUGAUGUACAUUACAGAUUAAAGAAGAAGAGCGCAUUGUGUAUAUUACACCAAUGCCACCGUGUUUCCUCAUCAAUGGUUCUAAAUAUUGCUUCAAUUUCAAACUUUUGGAAGAUGUAUGGAUUUCCAGUUUUCUUUUCUUUUCUUUCUCCCAGUAUGUUUUAACAAAAAAGAGAAAAAAAAAACAGGAAAAAAAGGAAUAUUUAGCAGUAUUGUUCGUUCUGAUAUGUGAUUUGUUUGUGGCAACUAAACAAGGCAUCCAGCAGUUUCUCACAGCUAACACGUCAUUCCACACUCCUUGUCAACAAAGUGCUUUUUCACUGCCUAAAAUUUUAGAUGUAGAUAUUUGAAAUAGAUUUUUUUCAUUUAUACCAGUUUUCUUUAUGAUGAUACAGUGUUAAAAGACAAUAAAUUACAAUUGAUCUGUCA